AUGCCGGUGGCGGGCGGCGGCGAGUUGAAGAGGUGCCUGUUGGCCCGGGAUCAGGUGGAGGACGCUAUCAGUGCCAUCGGCGAGACCGAGCAGCAGCUGAGGGACAACGCCAGAGAGGCACGGUGGCAGUUGCAGAGCUGCGUGAGCCGCCAGCAGGAGGCGCUGCGCUGCAGGGAGGUGUGGCUUCUGGCGCAGAUCCAGCUGCUGGAACAUGUCAAGGCGGAAACGCUGCAGCAGCAGUCGCAGCAGCUCCAUCGGAUGCUGGGCCAAUUGGAAGCCAUCUCCCAGCAGUUGCAGAGCAGCAACAGCAGUGACCUCAGCAACCAACUGACCAGCUGCAUGGACAAGUUUUCCCGUCUGAGUCUGACACCGGAGGAGACACCAGAGAUGAAUUUCAGCGCCGAUUCGCGCUCCCUGAGGGACGCCAUCACCUCUUUCGGCAGCGUCGCUUCCCAGGUGUCUGCGCGCGGCGGGGCUCCGAAAUUCCGGGAAGGGGCUCCGAAAUUCCGGGACGGGGCUCUGGGCGACUGGCUGCUGGAAAGCGGCCCCACUCCGGCGCUCUCGAGCCAAGUAAGCCAUGAUACGCGGGUGGACUUUUUCAAAGCAUGGGGUCAGCUGCGUGACUUGGAGACUUGGCUGCUCCGGGACCACGAGAGCGCCAACCGCCACUCCGACGACAACUGCAACGACGGCAGCCGUGACCUGAGCCAAUGGCUGGCUGCAACCCAGGCCCCCGUCGCCACCCAGGCCCCCGUCGCCACCCAGGCCCCCGCCGCCACCCAGGCCCCCGCCACCACCAAGGCCCAUGCCGCCCCGCCGCGUCUGCUCCUCCAGCCUUUUUCUGAAAGCUGUUCCUUGGACAAGUGGCUGGUCGGGUCUGGCUGCUCCUCCUGCCCGGGCCAGAGCGCCCCGGCGCUGGAGAUUGAAAACCUGGGCCGGCUCAAGUGCCUGAAGACCCCUGCCUCCGACCUCCGGGCCUGGCUUCACCGGGUGGCGCCGCUGCCGCAGACGUGUCGUGCCAACGAGCCCUGCAGCAGCUAUUCGGAGUGCGUCUGCGACCAAAACUGCGGCCGGGAAGCCGUGGACGCCUGGUUGAUGCGGCACAGCGAGCGGGACAAAAACGGCGUGCCGCUCCGUCUUUCCGCCGAUGCCGCCAAGAAUUGCCCCGCUCCUCUACACCAUAUAGAGCAAGCUCACAAGGUUCAGGCCAUCCUGGAGGCGUGGCUUCACCCUUCCGAGCCCCAGAGAUCAUCGCCGGAGGAGGAAAAUGACAAAUGGCUGUUGAAGAAGCGUCAGGAAGGCACAACUUCAGCCCGCGACGCUUUCUCCUGCUUGAAAGUAGCCAGCGACCGAGAGAAAUGGCUCCAUGGGCCGCCUCCCGUUCAGGAUCAGAUUGGAUGA